CUGACUGUUCGUAAUCUGUUGAAUCCAUUAUUGUCUGAUUAUAUCUUCCUGUUUUCUUUCCUUUUUCAAAAGCUUGUAAAUAAGAUCUCUUUCUUUUUGAUUAUCCUUCACUUGUCCCAAUUAUUCAUCCCAGCGACAGCUACAAUAUCACGAUAAUAAUAUUCUUUAAUAAUGGCUCCACCUGCAUACUCUGAUAUCUCUAAAAACUCUAAUGGUUUAUUGAACAAAGAUUUCUACCAUUUAUCAAAGGCUUCUCUUGACGUUAAAACUGUCGCCCCCAAUGGUGUUGCUUUCAGUCUUAAAGGUAAAACUGGCAAAGACGAUUCCAUCUCUUCAAAUUUGGAAACCAAAUAUACCGACAAGGCUUCUGGUUUGACUUUAACUCAAGGAUGGAACACUUCCAACUCUUUAGAUACCAAGAUUGAAGUUAAAGAUGCUGGCGCUCCAGGCAUAAAGGCUGAAUUUGUCUCCAGUGUUGUCCCAUCCGGUCCAAAAGGUGCCAGAUUAAACUUAUUCUUUGCUCAGCAAUCUGUUAGUGCCAGAGCUUUUUUCAAUUUAUUGAAAGGUCCAACUUUUGUUGGUGACAUUUCCAUUGGCCACGAUGGGUUUUUAGCUGGUUCAGAAGUCGCUUACGAUAUUGGUGCUGCUAAAGUUACCAAAUACAGUGCUGCCGUUGGUUUCUCAACCCCAGUUUACUCAUUCUCUGUUACCGGUUUAAACAACUUGUCUCUUUACCAAGCUGCUUACUACCACAAAGUUUCUCCAUUUGUUGAAGCCGGCGCCAGAGCUACUUACGAUAUCAAAAAUGGUGCCAACGCUGGAAAGCCAGUUGCAAUUGAAUUUGCCACUAAAUACUCUUUAGACAGAACUGCUUUUGUUAAAGCCAAAAUUGCUGAUUCCGGUUUAGCUGCUUUAUCUUACUCUCAACAAUUAAGACCUGGUGUCACCUUAGGUAUUGGUGCUUCCUUUGAUGCUUUAAGACUUGCUGAACCUGUUCACAAAUUAGGUUUCUCUUUAUCUUUCUCUGCUUAAGUUAAUUAGAAUUUUAAUUUCUUAAUAAAUACUGUUGAUUUUCUUUGAUUGUCAUUUCUUUAAAUGCUUUACUCAAAAAUAUCAUUAUAUUCUAUUUAAUAUUCAUCUAAAUGCUUUAAUUUAAUACUGUAUUAUUGUUUUAUUUGACUUUUCAUUUUUAUUAUAUUAUAUUAUCAAAAGAAUAAAAUUAAAAUCGCC